AUGGCGAUACAAUCAGUGGUACUAAAGAGGACGAUCUACGUCGGGACGUUCAUACAUUCAGUGUCGCUGGCAGAGCUGCAGGUCCUAACGCGCUCUGCGGUGGCGGUGGACGACGAGUCGGGGAAAAUCCUACUGGUGGAGCAUCCAGUGCAAGCUAGCAUGCUUGAGAUGUGGGCGGAAGAGGCUGGUACAACCAUCGUGGAGGCUGGGCCAGGGCAGUUCUUCUUUCCCGGCUUAAUUGAUACUCAUAUCCACGCCUCACAAUACCCAAACUCCGGGAUAUUCGGCAAAUCGACAUUACUCGAUUGGCUCAACACAUAUACCUUCCCCCUCGAAGCUUCCCUCGCGAAACCGUCCAAGGCGCACCGAGUGUACUCCCGCUGCGUAGCCCGGACCCUCUCCCACGGCACUACUACAGCGGCAUACUACGCAACGCGCGAUGUCACCUCUACAAAUAUUCUCGCGACCACCUGCCACACCGCCGGGCAGCGCGCCUUCGUUGGACGCUGCUGCAUGGACGGCAUGGCCCCCGAUUACUAUCGCGAUACCGAUGCCGCCACGUCGCUCGCCGAUACCAUCAAGUGCGCGGAGUUCUGCGCGAAGCUAGAUCCCAAGGGCGAGCUCGUACAGAGCAUCAUCACGCCGAGGUUCGCGCCGAGCUGUAGCCGUGAGCUGAUGCGUGGGCUUGGGGAGUUCAUGGCACAGAGCGGCCUGCUAUGCCAGACGCAUAUCUCGGAAAAUAAGGGCGAGAUAGAGUUGGUUGCUAACUUGUUCCCCGAAUGUAAGGACUACGCGACCGUAUACGACCGUGCUGGGCUGUUGAGCGAGAAGACGGUGUUGGCGCAUGCUGUGUAUCUUACAGAUGAUGAGAUUGCACUCGUGAAGAUGAGGGGCUCGAAGAUAAGCCAUUGUCCAGUAUCGAACGCGGCGUUGACUUCGGGUGCAGCGAAGGUGAGGAGGCUGUUGGAUGAGGGCAUCGUUGUGGGGUUGGGGACGGAUGUGAGUGGGGGAUACUCGCCGUCUGUGCUUGAGGCCGCGAGGCAGGCGACAAUGACAAGUCGGUUUGUGUCUCUCACGGAGGGCGAGGAGGCAAAGCUGAGCGUGGAAGAAGCGCUAUAUCUUGCUACAAGAGGAGGCGCGGAGGUCCUGGGGCUGCAAAAGACGGUGGGUGCAUUUGAGGUCGGGAUGGAGUGGGAUGCGCUGUUGGUGGGGUGCACGUUCGUACCUGAUGAAGAAGAGUGCGACGAAGAUGAGGACCUACUACAGGCGAAACAGACUGUAGGCGGAGGUAUGACUCCAGUUGAUCUCUUUGGUUGGGAGAAUUGGGAGGAAAUAGUGGCGAAGUGGUUAUAUUCGGGCGACGACAGAAAUGUGCUGAAGGUGUGGGUUAAAGGACGCAAAGUGCACGAGAAGCCCACGUAG